GAGUACAGGAAACGCAUCACGUUCUUAAAAACGCAAACCGGUAAUGUGGAUUUAGCUCUAAGCUAACGCCACCUACGUGGUUGGUUUGCUGCUAAACGGUUAAGUGUAAGUGUUUUCUCGUUAACGACUAGAUCUUUUAAACUGUAUUUAUAAGGAAAUAGUCCCGGUAAACUCGCUGCCAGACAGAGAGCUGUCUUCCUGCUCUGGGAUCACUCCGCCGCCUUCGCUGCGCUCUUCGGCCUCGUUUCCAGCCUCAGUCGGUGGAUGAGCCUGGCCAGUCGCCGCCUUCCUAGAUGAAGAUGUCCCUGGCUCAGCGAGUCUUCCUCUCCUGGAUCUUCGCCCUGGUCUUCCUCAUCAUGCUUGCCCUCAAGCUGGACUCCAAAAUCCACUGGAACUGGUUCCUGAUCUUCCUCCCCGUCUGGACCUUUGACACCAUCCUCAUCCUCAUGCAGAUCGUGGAGAUGGCGGGUCGCUGCAAGCCGGACUUUGACCCUAGGGACGAGGAGAAGAGCGUGAAGAGGAGGCUGUGGUACCUGACAGCCCUGCUCCUCAAGCUGGCCUUCUGUCUGACUCUGUGCUCCCGGCUGGAGAAGCUGACGGACAUCUGGGUCAGUGUGGUGUGUGUCCCACUUUGGGUGCUGCUGGGUGGAGCGCUGCUGGAACUGGGAUACAGUGUUUUCCACUACAGGAGGGACUGAACGAGGGGAGAAACCCUUACAAAACGGAGACAUUGUUAUUUUUUAAAAAUAUAUAUUCACCUCUUUACUGAGGAUGCACAGUUUUAGUUAUUGUUUUAAAACCUGCUGCUCUUCAGUUGUAUGGGACUGCACCAUAACAAGCGAAAACUUUGGUAUAAUUUUCUCUCCUCACUAGGAGUUCAUUGUCAUUGCCUGACUAAAUUGCACUUUGCUUUA